CUCUCUCCUCCUCUGUCCCCCCAUAGAGUCCCCAUAGACGGCCCCGGCUCCUUAGACUUCCUGGUUCCUCCCCUUCCCCUCCUUCCCUUACUCUCCGGCUAAUUCGCCCAAAAUGUCGACAAAGACCUCAUCCAAAAGGGUGACCGUCGAGCAGAUCCCCUUCGUGAUCCCGGAUCUCACCGUGAAGGACCUGCUUUCUGCCAUUCCUGCGCACUGCAACAAGCGGUCCGCGCUCAGGUCUGGGUCCUAUGUUGUGAUGGACCUUGCCAUUAUUGGCGCCAUCUACAAGGGCACGUACUUCCUCGACGCGCUUCUCACCCCAGGGAACAUCGAGCUUCCUCACCCCGCUCUGUAUCCUGCGGCGCGCCUUGUGCUCUGGGCAUUCUACUCUUUCUUUGUCGGCCUUUUCGCGACCGGCCUCUGGGUCAUUGCCCAUGAAUGUGGACACCAGGCAUUCUCCGAAAGCAAGACCAUUAACAACGCCGUCGGCUGGGUCCUCCACUCCGCACUGGGCGUUCCUUACCACGCGUGGCGUAUCACGCACGCGAAGCAUCAUGCUUCCACUGGCCACAUGACGCAGGAUCAGGUCUUCGUUCCCCGCACUCGUUCUGAACUUAGUCUCCCUCCGUUUGACCCCACCAAGGAGGACCUCGCCGGUUCCAGCGUCUCGGAGGAGGUUAUGAAGGAACUUUGGGACGCGCUUGGCGACUCUCCCAUCGGUGCCAUCUAUGGAUCGCUCCGUUACCUCGUUGGUGGCUGGCCCGCGUACCUCAUCGUGAACGCUUCCGGCCAACCGCGGUACCCUAAGGAGACGAACCACUUUGACCCUGCUGCUGUCAUGUUCCGCCCUGACCAGCGCGGCCAGAUCAUCAUCUCCAACGCCGGAAUCUUCCUCUGGAUGGCCGCUGUUGGGUACUCUAUCUAUCAAUGGGGUUUCUUCGAGAUCUUCCGUGUCUAUCUUGUUCCCUACCUCUGGGUUAACCACUGGCUUGUCUUGAUCACUUUCCUCCAGCACACCGACCCCCUGCUUCCCCACUACCGUGCAUCCGAGUUCACCUUCCCCCGCGGCGCCCUUUCAACCCUCGACCGCAACCUGCUCGGCGACUUGGGCCCGAUCAUGGGCUGGCUCGGUGCCUUUGCGACCCACGGCAUCUCGGAGACCCACGUUGCGCACCACGUCUCCAGCAAGAUUCCCCACUACCACGCAUGGGAGGCGACCGACGCCCUCCGCAAGCGUCUCGCGCAGCACGGCAUUCAGCUCGAGGGCCGUCCCGGUGGCUGGGCGGAGGUCUACCGUGUGUUCAAGGAGUGCAAGUUCGUCGAGGACGAGGGUGACAUUGUCUUCUACAAGAACGCGUACGGCCUCGCGGCUACCAAGCCUGUGUUCAACGACAACACCGCGAGCGACUCGGGUAUCGAGAUAUUCGACAAGGAGUCGUAAAUGUUGGCGUCCCUUCUUCGAUACCUCCGUAUUGUCCCUCCAUCCGCUCGCUGCUCGCAUCAUCGCUGUUGAUACCUCGUCCCUCCCACCUCGCAACUUUCCGUCCUCUACUGUCCACGAUUAAUCCCAAACAAGCACAUGCGACAUCACCCACUCAAAGCCGCUCAUACACAGCUACUGUCCCCCCUCUCCCCUCGCACGUAAAUGCAUCUAGACAUUGGCCACGCUGUUUCUCUUACUGCAUAGAAGGAGUUCGUGCGUCUCGGCCGCCACGCCGUGUAUGUGGGGCAGUGGUUGGUCGUUCGCUGUGCGCGCGCGGGUGCAUCGGAAAAUGCGCUUGUAGGACGAUGUACAAGAACGAGAUAUUCACGGAAGUAGGCUAGAGAGCGCAGUAAUGAUAUAGAAUUCAGAAAC